UCAGCCGCAUUGCCUGACGGGAGGCAGAGCACCGAACGAGGGCGUCGGCCAUUUUGUGGCUGUUUCCUGUGGGACGCGGUGGUGGCGGUUGGGUCGGAAGAGUGAGCGGUUGUUCGCCUCGUUUUCCGUGUUUGUUUUCUUCUCCCUUUUACUUCGGCGGCAGAGCCCGGUUAUGGGUCGCAAAAAGAAGAAGCAGCUGAAGCCGUGGUGCUGGUAUUGUAAUAGAGAUUUUGAUGAUGAGAAGAUCCUUAUACAGCACCAAAAAGCAAAGCAUUUUAAAUGCCAUAUAUGUCAUAAGAAAUUGUACACAGGUCCUGGCUUGGCUAUUCACUGCAUGCAGGUACAUAAAGAGACAAUAGAUGCUGUACCAAAUGCAAUACCUGGGAGAACAGACAUUGAGUUGGAAAUAUAUGGUAUGGAGGGUAUUCCAGAAAAAGACAUGGAUGAAAGAAGACGACUUCUUGAACAGAAAACCCAAGAGAGUCAAAAAAAGAAGCAACAAGAUGAUUCUGAUGACUAUGAUGAUGAUGACUCUGCAGCUUCAACUUCAUUUCAACCACAACCUGUUCAACCUCAACAAGGUUACAUCCCACCGAUGGCACAGCCAGGACUGCCACCAGUUCCUGGAGCACCAGGAAUGCCUCCAGGCAUACCCCCAUUAAUGCCAGGUGUUCCUCCUUUGAUGCCAGGAAUGCCACCAGUAAUGCCAGGCAUGCCACCGGGAUUGCAUCAUCAGAGAAAAUACACCCAGUCAUUUUGCGGUGAAAACAUAAUGAUGCCAAUGGGUGGAAUGAUGCCACCUGGACCAGGAAUACCACCUCUGAUGCCUGGUAUGCCACCAGGUAUGCCCCCUCCUGUUCCACGUCCUGGAAUUCCUCCAAUGACUCAAGCACAGGCUGUGUCAGCGCCAGGUAUACUUAAUAGACCACCUGCACCAACAGCAGCAGUUCCUGCUCCACAGCCUCCAGUUACUAAACCUCUUUUCCCCAGUGCAGGACAGAUGGGGACACCUGUAACAAGCUCAAGUACAGCUUCAUCCAAUUCAGAAAGUCUGUCUGCAUCUUCUAAAGCUCUGUUUCCUAGCACAGCACAAGCUCAGGCAGCUGUCCAAGGACCUGUUGGUACAGAUUUCAAGCCCUUGAAUAGUACCCCUGCAACAACUACAGAACCCCCAAAGCCUACAUUCCCUGCUUAUACACAGUCUACGGCUUCUACCACUAGUACAACAAAUAGCACUGCAGCUAAACCAGCAGCUUCAAUAACAAGUAAGCCUGCUACACUUACAACAACCAGUGCAACCAGUAAGUUGAUCCAUCCAGAUGAGGAUAUAUCACUGGAAGAGAGAAGGGCACAGUUACCUAAAUAUCAACGUAAUCUUCCUCGACCAGGACAGCCUCCAAUUGGUAAUCCACCAGUUGGACCAAUUGGAGGUAUGAUGCCACCACAGCCAGGCAUCCCACAGCAACAAGGAAUGAGACCCCCAAUGCCGCCUCAUGGUCAAUAUGGUGGUCAUCAUCAAGGCAUGCCAGGUUAUCUUCCUGGUGCCAUGCCUCCAUAUGGGCAGGGACCGCCAAUGGUACCCCCUUACCAAGGUGGGCCUCCUCGACCUCCGAUGGGAAUGAGACCUCCUGUAAUGUCGCAAGGUGGCCGUUACUGAUCUUACUUCAUCCAAUCUAAUAGGUUUGGAGAUUAAACCUUUUCUCAACUUGUGCUGUUUAUAUAGCCAAGCUUCCGUCAAUAAGGCUUCAUUGUGACUUUAACAAACAUUAUCUUCCCACAUACCAGGAACUAUUGGACAUUUAUUUUACAUGGGAAAAAUUAUUUGGAAUAAUAAAGCAGGAACUUUUCCUGAAGUUGCAAUUUAUACUGUAUGGCUUCUUUUUCAUGUUUCAUCUAGGUUUUUAGAAGUGAAGUAUAGUAAAUUUGGUUCGUUAUAUUGUGAAGGCGCUGGAAAUACAUGAACAUACCACCUUAAUAAAGGCAAGUUCUGUAAGCUUACAUUGCUUUUUGUAAAGUUAUGCCUUCACAGCAUUUCAGAUGCUGUUGGACUUCAUGUCCCCAACCUAGCUUGGUGAGGGCUGUAACUGUUUCCAAGUACCUGUACAUUGGAAGUCUGAAUGUGUAACAAUAUUUAAUGUAUUUAGAGUUCCUCAUGUUGCAGGGUUUAAGAAAUCUGACCCACCAAGGUUAUGUGACUUUUCUGUACUGUUAAACUUCAUUGUAAUAAAAUGAGAGAAAAGUUUAUGCCUUUUUAUUCAUAACCCAGCUGUGGACCACUGCCUGAAAGGUUUGUACAGAUGCAUGCCACAGUAGAUGUCCACAAAUAAAAAUUCAGUUAUCAAUGCAGUUUUGAUAUAUCUUUGAAUUUUGUGUUUGAAUUGUAGGUUGUUUCUUAGCUGCAUGUUUUAAACAGAACAGUGUGUAGAGAAUUGUAUGUUAGUACUUCAGUUGACAGAAAAACUUAAGAUACACGGGUCACCACAUAAUGGGUAUGAAAUCUUUAUAUGUGUCACGUUUCCACCUUCCUUGGUGUAAAUACAUGUUAGAUGUUAUAGACCAUUUAAAAUGUAAACCAUAAUAUUCCCUCCUUCCUGCUGCUGUUUAUGUUUAGAGCCUAGUGCCAGACCCAUUUAUUUCCUUCUGAUUAUUUUCGAAACUGCAGUACUGCUUGGACCUCAGAAGCUUUUCAGGUGCAAACUUCUAGAAGCUUAGGUGCAUGCAGUAAUAGUUUUUUUGCUGUUCAUGGGAAAGUAUGAUGCCUAGAAUGUGAAUGAGCCUCUGUUAGGAUGCUUAACAGAUGCAUUUGCAAUUUUCAGUUUUAGGAUUUUCUUGGAAGAUAACAUAUUUGAUCAGAUGGCUAACUUCUGUUACGAAGCCUCAAUAGCCUUACAGAUAAACCUUUUCAUUCUUGGAAAUUUGUUACUGUGUUCCUAUGGAGAACCUCUCUGAAGAAGUAACUGCUAUUCACUAUCUUGUAUUUCAAAUAUAAUAGUUCUCGGAGACGUUUCUGGGGGCAUCUGGCUAACUGAUAUUUUUGUGGGGAAUUUUAUAAUUGUUGAUAUGUACAAAGUAUAAUUAUUAAUAUUAUGAAAUCAAGUUUUUCCUGAGUAUAAAGUAGACUUUUGAGAAAAGGGUAAUAACAUUUCAUUACCUUUAUGUGUAUAGAUAUUAGACAUGGAAUCUGAAGUUUUGUUUAGAAAGUACAGGAUUUCACCUUAAAGGAAAAUAAAUUGAAAAAUGUCUCAAUAAUCAUAAAAUUGUGUGCAUAAUUAGAUAGCAAGUAGAAGUCACUUAUUUAAAGAAAACAUUGCAAGUAUGAUAUAGAUGAGUGCUAUUUUAAAUCUGAUAUUUUGCUCCAAAUGGUUUUAUAGCUCCUGUGCUGUGGUUACCAUUGAGGUUCAAAAAAUUCCAUAGUUUAAAAGGCAACAUCCACGUUAUCACCAAGAAUGCAUUUUUUUCCCUUCUGCCAACAGCCAAGCCCCAUGCCACUUCCCUCACCAAAUGCCUGGGUUUUUAAUUAAUGUGCACUUCCUAGAUUUGGCAGCAUAAUUGUCAUAGUGCUAAAGAAAAACUUGAGUUGAAAAUCUUUAAGGCAAAAUGGAAUGAUUUAAUAGAAGAUGUUCUCCUAGACCUGAUGUCUCAAGCAUUUCAUGUACAGACUUAUCAACAAACUACAAAUGGGUUAGUAGCUAGUUCCAGAAGUGAUGAAAAUAUUUAUUUGCAUUAAAAGCAAAGAAAAGCAGUAUUUUCUAAAGAGGUAUGUUGUUUUUGAGGUUUGAAAGGAGAUACUUUUAUGUUUAAGUGAUAAAAUUACAGUUAAAAGUCAACUCUUAGUGUUAUACAGGGUACUUCAUAAGCUUGUGCACAUCCUGCAUUGAUAGGUGUGUAGCUCAGUUGUGCCCAUUUGGUAUAAAGUGUAACUUGUGCAUGCAUCAGAGCAUAAUUAAGCUUCUAGAAAAUACUUUUACCUGACUGCUUCUGGGGUCCAUAAUGUGGUUAAAUCGCGAGUGGAACAAAUUAUGGUGAAAUAGUUAACUUUGACUUAUGCUUUCUUAAAUAGUAAGAUGAACUUGAGUUACUCACAGAAGACAACUUUUGGAACUUAAUAUACUUAGGCAGACAUUGUGAUUGCUGUAAUUAAGGAAGUUGUAAGGUUAAUGGAGCUGCCAGCCUUGGCUCUACUCCACGCCUGUAUAACUUUUCCAUGAAACUGUGGCUUAAAUAUUUUGUCUGGCACUAGUUUCUAUUGUGUAGUUCUUACUGUGUGACAGUAAGAAGGACCAGAAAGUGAUGCUCAGCUUUGAGGGGACUGUUGGAAUUGACAAUUUGAUUAGAAUACUUUGUAUAGUAAUCUCUCAUGCACUUACUGUUAGGAGUGGAGAAAGCACUCAUACUCCAGUUCCACUGAUCAAGUUACAUAAUGAACUUAAACUCGGCUUAAUUAAACUUAGCUAUUUGGGGGUGAUCACCAGUAUAAAUAAAUAUGGGCUCAGAAUAGAAUCAUAUUAUUGGACAGGAGUUUGUAAAAGCAGAGCCGCUCUUUUUUCCUUUGCUUGCUUGAUCAUUGGGGUUUUUUUUUUUUUUAAAUUUUAAUGCAUGUCUUUUAAAUUAAUUGGGUAAUGUUUUUCUAAAAUUAAAAUUUUCUUCUUCCUAUAGCCCUGCCAUAGGACAGGCUGAGGCUGAGUCUCAGUGUUGCCCUGUUCAGUCUGAGGCAAGUGGGAUUUAUUUUAUUCCUUAUAGGGGCUUUCACAGCUUUAUGGCUGUUGGAUAUUUAUGUCCCCAAACUUGCAGCAAGUUUGGUGAAGGCCCCUAAAUUUAAUUAAAUUUAGGAUUUUUAUACUCUUUUGGCAGAGAAGGCUCUAUAUUAAUAUUUAUGUUUGACUGUGGUGUUAAUAAGCAUAAGUAAAAAGUAAUAGAUGUGAUUUUAUGUGAUUUACUUUGUGUUGCAUAAUUAACAGCCUCAGUAAAGUUGGUAUUCCUGUAUUUACCGUUUGUGAAUUGACAAAAUUUCAUAUACUUGAUUUUGAGGCAUGAGAUGUUUCAAAUUUUCCACUUAGAUCUUAAGGAAAAUUUUAUUGGUUAUUUCCUCCUAAACUACUAAAUUUAACCUUAAGGAUCCUUAAGUUUAAUCUUUGGAAAUGCUACUGGAUACUGAAAUCUGCACAUUAAGGUUGAAAGGUCAUUUGGAAAUGCUUGUGAUUUUUAAAGUUUUCAGACCUCACCACAUUAGAGCUAAUGUUAAUGUAGAGCCCUGUGGACAGUGGGAAGAUGGUGCUAUAUGUUUGUGGUAUGUAUGUAUAUACAUUACACAUUUGGCUGAAAAGUAUAAUAGAAAGUUUGUUACAGACCUUUCCUAUUAGAUUACUGAUUUUAAGAUAGCCAAACUGAAAUUGGAAUCAUUUGAUAAGGUAGUAUAUUAAACUAUUUGGAACCAUUUGAGAUUUGUUUUCUGCCUUACUGAACACUAAUUUAUGCAGUAUUCACACAUGGAAAAUACUUGUUUCCAACUAAAACUUCUUUCAUUUUAUGAGAAAAGUUGUGUGUGUGUUUGUAUGUUUGUUGUAGAGGGUAAAGGAGGCUGUGGAGAGAGAUCAAAACAAAAGCCUGGAUUCUUUUGUCGUUCAUGUAUUUAAGCCACCUUUCUAUCCAGACAGCAUUUUCUUCUGAACAAUAAUAUUUAACUUCCAAACUGGGAUUGUAUUUCUAUGUGCUUUUAAUUUUUGGAAGCAUCAAAUAUAUACAUUAAGUGAAUUUCAGAUUUUUGCCUGUUAAUCCACUUAAUUAAAACAUGCCUUUUUUCACUGUAACUGAAUCUUGGGAUAAAAGAUCUUUAUGACUGAAAAAAAUUUGUGACAGCAAAAAUAGUCCAUUACAAUAUCUGAUGCCCUGCUCAAGUUACAUUUAAGACUCUGUAAUUGGAGAUGUUUUCUAUUGCCCUCAUUAUCCCCCCAUAUACCGAAAUAAUUCAAGAGUAAAACUGCCUGUCCUGAUCAGUAAUAGUGAUUAAUUGAAGUCAUUAAAAAUGACCCUUGGUACUGAAGGUGGGUGGGUUUUCUUAGAGGUAGAAUAAUUUGUUGAAAGUAUUAAUACCUAAUUUAAAAUACAGUUUCUUUGUUGUCUCUGUAGUUCUGUGAUGUAGAAAAAAUGCGAUUUUGGAAAUUCUAUAAUUUUCAGUUGUUUAUUUUGUCCACUGGUGAAAUGUGGUAAAUGAAAUGUUGAUAUCACCUCUUCAGUGAGAAAAUUUUUUUUGCAUUAACUGAUACUUGAAUUGAUGAGGGGAUAAGAAAUAAGGAAUGUGUACCCUCCUUAAGUAUUGUGUAAAUCAGGUAUGUCCUUUUUUCAAAGGUGAAAUACUCCUUACAAUAUUUAAUAACCUUUUGUGUCUUCUUCUGAAAUGAAAUUGCUUUUUUUAUGGGAAAAUGUUAUAAAUGGAAGAUUCAGGGCAGGUUUUUUUAAGUAAACAUUUCCCCAGUUUGACUUCUGCUAAAUACCUCAUGACUUGAAAUUAGUGAAGGGUUUUUUUUUUAACCCUUACUCAGUAUUUUGCUUUCUGUUAUCUGAAUCAACAAGUAAUGUUUUGUUUUUAUAGCAUAGAAAUCAUCUAACACUUCUGUGUGAUGUUUCUGGGCAAAAUAAACUUUUUAAUGAUGUAUGUCAUGCACAUAAUGGAUAUUCACAAUUUUGUAAUGAAUCUUCAGAACUACAUAUUUAAUAUCUCAGCAUUUAGGCAUUCCCUAUAAUGUUAUAAUUCAGUUAUAGCUUCCUAUUUUAAAUAGAUCCAUAUGUUUUAAUGUUCUUACUUGACUUUUUUGUUGAGCAAUCCGUUUGAAAAGAGACUUUUUAAAAAGCAGUUUCUUCAGUAAGGCUCAGAAGAGAAUUGCUUUUAGAAACAUUGUUUUUCCUGCUCUGGGAUCUAUACAUUUUUGCAUAGUAAUUUGGCAAUAAAAGGAAGAGCUUUUCGUUCUUCCCAACUCUAGAAAAACCUCUUUGAAGUUUUAGAAUCUAAGUUUGUUGAGCUGAUCUCAUAUUCUCAGGGGAAAGUAUUUUUGUUUACUAAGCAGGACGUAAAAGUCAUAUUAAGCAAAAAUUGGAGCCCCAAAGAGCUCACUGAAGCUUAAUUUCAACUUUUUCUGAAGCAAAUUAUAAAUCAAGACUGGUUGGUUCAUGGUUAGGUUCUUUCAUGUUAAUCACCAGCUAUUUUAUGAGACUUAAUUUUGAUCAUAUUAAUAACUACAGAGAAGAGCCAUGUGAGUGAACUAUUAUAGUCAAUUACUUGGACUCCACCCAUUAAUUCUAAAUGCUAUAGUGCUGUGUCUGAGGUUGUCAUGGCACACCUAUGUUAAUAGCUGUGUGUUUGGUCAAGGGUUUAUGUAGUACUGUGUUUGUAAAAAGAUAGUCCUUUUUACAAUUCUCCCAAUCCUCUGGCAUUCUCACUGUGUCUGGGGUUUUGUUUUUGUAUUUCACCAUGAUGGAUAAUGAAUUCUAUUUUUCACCUUUCAUUAAGUUUGAAUAACUCAAUGACAAUGGAUUCCCCAUUUAUUACAGUCAAAAUAGUGAUUAUCUGAAAGAGGCCAUUGUAUAUAAUGUCAAAGUUAAUGUAAUGAAAGUUAACAGCACUCCUGUUUGCAUGUUACAAGAUUUUGCCAAAUCAUUUAUUAUAAUUCAGUGCUCAUUCUUAACAUUUUCCAGUCUCUCUUAAUGAAAUGAGGUUGCUUAACCACCCAAGUAGACAAGGAGUUUAAAGUCCCUUUAAGUUUGAUUUAGAACAGUUUCAUUUUGGGCAAAGCCUUCCUUUUAGAUAUUGACUUGUUUAAUGUGCUUCCAGUAGAAUUUACUUUUCAGUCCAUGUUUUUAAAAUUGAAAAUCUUUAUUGAGAUUAAGAUUUUUGAAAAUUAAAAGCUAUUAAGAAUUGCUUGCCUCAGAUGUGUCUCUAUAUGUAUAUUUAAAUAUAGAAAUUACAACAUUUGAGAGGUUCCCCGCCCCCCAGAUAUAUGGCCCUCCUCCCCGCUUUUUUAGAGUAACUGAAAUUUUGCGGUAGUACAGUUUAUUUUUCAAAAUGAGAUGUGUCCGAAAUACACAGUGUUCUUAACUCUAAGGUCAGUUACUGUAAUAUUUUUAAGACUUAGGGAAAAAUUUUCAGUGUAUUAAUGUCAGGCUCUGAGGAAAUUAAAUGCACAUUGACUUUUAAGCUAUGGAUUGAACUCCUCAGUUUAAUACAAUUUGUGUUUUUGUUAACUAGCAGCAGAAUUUCAGCAUUUGCUACUUACUGGUAGAGAAGAAAAAUCCCACAGCCCUGCCAGUACAGGUUAGUUUAAUCUGUAAGUACCUGAUGUUUGUAUUUUUUUCAAACAUAUCCAUAUAACCCACACAAGGAAGAAAGCUAUGCAGUUACUUAAAUGUGAGUAUAACUAAUAGUAGAUUCAUUGGACACUUUUAAACACUGAGUGCUUGGGCCAUAGUAAUUCUAGGUUUGCUAAUCUCAGUUGUAAUAAAGCUCCUUUAUUAUUUGGUUGAGGUUGAACCUAAAUAGAAACCUUUUUUCUUAAAGGAGAAGACAGUGAAAAUUUCCAUUGGCUAUAUGUGCCCAUGAUGGUAUUUGAUAAGGAGUGCAAGGUUUUUGAGUCCAGGAUCUUAGAUUUAAGCCACUCUUUGGUGUGGUACUCAUUUGCCUUUCAACUUUUUACAGUAUGAAUCAACCUAAGAAAAAAGUCAAGUCUCUUCACUGGUGUGCAAUCAUAGGCUUGAAAAUGUUUUUAUACUCCUUUUUUUUCUUUAAAUGUUAGUAAUUCUUGCUGUAAAUAAUUUUUGUUACCUUUUUAUUUUUUUGUAAACCACCUAUUCUGUUGGUAUACCACCACUGUGGGGUUUUACUUUGAACUAAGAAUGACAAAUCUUAUUAAUACGCAAAUGAAAACAGACUUCCCAUCAAGAAAUCAAUCUAGAUGAUAUUCUUCAUGUAUUUCUUUUGAAGGGGAUAGAGACAGUAAUGUGUUGUGAAGGUUAUAUUAAUGGUUUUAUUUUCAUUGGUUUUACCAGUUUAUUAUUGUCCUGACCCCACCCUGAGAGAUUUCCUUUUAAGUAUUUUUCUUUUAAUGUUAAGCAAAGAAAAUUAGAUUAAAAAAAUAAGCCACCAAGAAGAGAAUAAAGCAUACAAGUUUAGUUUUUAUAAGCCUGAACCAUCCUUCCAAUCUGUGAGGUUGAUUAGUAUACAUGACUUACUCCUUUUACCUAAGUGUAAUGACUAAUUUGAGACAACUAGUCAUAAAACUGACUCCUCUUGUACUAUCUAAUUGGGGUGGUGGUUAGCCACUUAAAACGUUAUUAAAUGUUAUUUUAUGUAAAGGUCAUGCAUUUGGUUAAAAUUUUUUGACAUUAACUUAUUAGCUGAUAAUAUAUAUUUUAUAAGAUUCACUGGUUUCUUAGUAUCAAAUUACCUGAGGGCUUAAGUUUCAUUGCAUUUCACAGUUUAUAAGAAAUGGCAUAGAUACAUCGAAAUGGUUUUCCUUAAAACUAGCUCUUUAAAGCUUCUGGUGAGUACUCAAAUUUUGCCUAUCAAAAUUUUUCCUUUAAAAUUUCACUUAAAUGGGAUGCUUAGUUCACAAGAACUGAGAGAACUGAAUUUUUAUAUUCAUCAGGUAAUGGUAUCUUAAUCAGGAAUAUUAGGAAGGUUAAUUAGUAGGUAGGUACUUAGGAUUUUUGGUAGUUCCAGGUUCACCUUUGCAUUAAUUUGACACAAAUUAUUUCCUUUUGGUGACAUGAAAAGGUGUUUUUACUCACAACCAACAACCAUUAAAGAAGUUUUAAAACUAGGUUUGCUUUUUCGUUGACAGUCAAAAGCUUUCUCAUGCUUUGAGUUCCCAAGUUGCAUAGGUGUAAAACUAUCUAAAUUUCUGUCCAUUGUUCUAUUCAGCUGUUAGAGAUUUGUGAGCAAUUAAGCUGAAGGUAGUGUUUGAAGGAACACCCAGUCUCAUAAUUGCUCAGUAGGAUCUGUUUGAAUGAGACUUGAUAAUUUGAAGUGUAAUCUUAAAUCUGUCAGAAACAAUGAUUUCUGGGAUUUGUAUGCCAGUGAAAACCUGAGGAUAUUUCCAAUUAAAUGUGUCCUGUUCCAUAUCUUGCGACAGUAUGUUACACAUGAUUUUUAAAUUUUUUUUUACCUAUUUUUAGCCACAUCCUUGCUUAUGUCAGUAAGGCUAAAUAUGUUUUCACAUAUUUCCUGUUGGGAUCUUUGUAAACCAAUAAUGAACAGUCAGUAAAUGCUUUUUAUUAUGAACAAUGAUAGUGUCUAAAGUUGUCUGGAAAUUGAUGUCUGAGUAUGUGAUAAUGGUGAUGUAUUCUUCUAGUUAAGCACUAAACAAAGUGUGGACCCUCAAUUUAUGUCUUUAAGAUUUAAAGUGAAGUAAAUUUCUAAGGAACUCUGUCCUUUCCUAGCAAGAAUAAACAGACAUUGAAAACUUGGUAAGUAUGUAACUUUAAAUGCAUGUGAUAGUCAUGAGAGUAAGUAGCCAAGUUUCCUUAGUUUAAGAUAAUAUUUAGACAUGAAGAAGAAUCCCUGAAUCUCCUUUGCGACUCAGUAUGUGUGUGGCUAGCAUUUUUACAAAUUUGUGCUUAAUUAUUAAAUUGAUACGUGCUUUACUCCUUUGUCUGGUUUGUUUUAUUUUGUAUCGUGUUUAAAUACUAAUUUUAUAUUUCAAGUUCUUUUCAGGGUAGACAUCAGUGGCAUACCCUUGCCAUUUCCUUUAUUGAACAUGAAGGAAAAUUUAUCUUUGAUAAGAAUUGUUUAAAUACACUAUUUAAAGCAGUGAUUUUGUUUUUCAGCUCCAGUUAAAACACAAUAAAUAGGCAACUAAUCUAAAAUGGCGGGGAGGGGGGAGUCGUGUUCUUUUCUGGAUUAUUUUGAGGAAUCGUUGCAUAAUAGUAAAAUGUUAUUAAGCCAAUACUUUAAUUGCAUGAAAGCAAUGCUUUUUAAAUUAAGAAGAAAUGAUGAUAAGAUGUUACUCCACCCUCACCCUUGUUCUGUGAUAACCAUGUAUUAAAUAAGAUUAAAGUACAAACAUUUUUACUUGUUACACUCAGGACGAUGAUUUAUUUCUGAGAAGUAAAUCGUUUUCUAUGCAUACUAGUACAGCAUUAAUUAAAUUUGUGAACUGGUGUAAGAUCCCAAUAGGUUGUAGGAAAGAGUGGGGACCUUUCCCUCAAUUCAUUCUCCAGGCAAGGAGGGCAGCAAAGAGCAAAAUCACACCAGGAACUUAGGUAAGGAGGACUUGAACUUAAAAGGAUUAAAUGGCCAGUUCACCUGUAUGAUUAUGUGGUUUAGCCAAGCACAUAAUAGUGGCCUUUUUUAUUUUUAAAGAUUUAUUUAUUUUUUUAAUUCAAGAAUUGGGGUACAGGCCAGAGAUGGGGGGUGGUGAGAGGAUUCACCAGAGACAGAGCAGGGAACAGAACAGGCAGAAGGACCAAAGACACUGCUGAGGGAAGCAGCAGGCGAGACAGGAGAGGUCUGUCCUCCAUGUGGGUUUCUCCCUGGCUGGCCUGGAAUUGAACUCGUGCUGUAGUGGCUGUGGAUUGCUUCAUAGGUUGUGCCUUAAUCCUUGCGCCACCAGGGAGGCCCAAUUGUGGCCAUUUUUAAAUGUGAUUAAAUUCACUCAAGCUUGUAAUUAAAUAGCUUUAAAAAUUUGCCAACAUUAAAUCUACUUAAUUGCUAGGGUCAUGCAUACAUAUAUAUUUUUCCCCCCCAUUUUUGACAGAAGCUUGUGCAAAAGAAAAGUGAAGUGGGUGACUCGGCAUUUGUGAUGUUUGAUUAUGUGGAAUAAUUCCAGUCUAAUGGUAGGGUCUGUGGUAGAAGUACUCUUUAAUGUAUGAGCCAUAUAAUAACUAAGACUUAGAAUUCAGAAAAGACAUUGAUACUUUUCUCCUUUGAGGUGUUUCAGGGUUAUUAGCAUUAACAAAGCUAAAGUACCAUUUGGAAAAUGUUGCUUUAUUUUUCUAACCUGAAGCAAUUUUCAGUUUUGAAAGAUUUGCCGGCCUCUUGUUUACAAAGGUGAAUAAAAGUUUGCAUAUUUGAGCCCAUGUCAUUAAGUUGUUUACUGAAUGAUUUAUAUUGAGAAUGGAUAAUGAUAGGUAUCAGUUGUCCCUGAUUAGUUCUUGUGCUCUGGGAAAUAGAAGACAGUCAUUUUUGUUAAAUAUGGAAUGUCUAUACAGAUAAAGGGGUAAAACAAAGAUUCUCAUUGUGGGUAACAUGAUAAAAGUUGUUUGAGAAGGUGGAAUUAGUAUUAUGCUUUAGACUAAAAUUAGAGCAUGAAGUCAAAUCUAGUUAUGGUAAUAAUUCCCCAGGCCUGUGAGAAAGGUUACCAUGUGAGAAAGCUUUCUUGCCAGCCAGUUCAAAUGAGGGUGGGGUAAGGAUAGGCAGUUAGUGAAAAUCUAAACUAUUAAAGUGUACAUUAGGGCCUCCCCGGUGGCG